AUGUGGAGGCGGCGGGGGCAAAAGCGGCAGCCAAGCGGUAUUAGGAUAUCGGGUGCCGGGGAUCCGCUGUCGGCGUCGCAUGGAGUAGAUGAUCCCAUGGACUCCUUUCGUCCGGUGACUACCGACGCUUCAGACGGUGCCGUGCUACAAGACGAGGUCCCCGACAUUAUCGCCAACAAAAUCCAGAAACACCAUGAGUUGUGGUACCUGCUAGCGUACGGGAGACCCCGCGAUCGCAGGGUUAGCGGGGGAUACGCAUUGCAGCCGGCGAGAAUUGGCGGACAACCAUUGCCUCGCCCAAACGCGGAGAAUUCAGAGGUCUCGGGCUUGACUCACAUCGCUUCGUGGAAGAGCCGGCCCAGGCUCUGGUCGGACAUUGGCUCGCCUGUUGCCUGUGCUGCAGGGGGGCAUAGACCCAUCACAUCUAUCGACUACGGGAAUGCCGACGAAGUAGUUUUGAGCAAUACGCAGGAGGCGGACGAGGACAUGCUCAAUGCUGACGAUACACUACCCGCUGGCUCCCCGAAGUUUCUGAUCCAUCCUUACGAUAGGCGCAAGGUCGUUUGGGACAUCUUCGUCGCGAUCCUGAUUGUUUACGGUUGCUUGAACAUCCCGCUCCGCAUUGGGUUCGACCUGCCGACGAGCCUAGGGCAGAUCAUCGCGGAUUCCUUCAUCGACAUCGUCUUCCUGUCGGACAUAAUCUUGAGCUUCCGGACCGUGUACCUCGCCCCAGACGGGGAGCCGGUGACGAGUCCCGGCGACAUCGCGCUUCGUUAUCUCAAGGGCGCGUUCCUGAUUGACCUGUCGAAAAUUGGCGGCAAGGAGGAUGACCUCAAGAACGUCCUGAACCCCAGCCUGUGGGCAUUGAUCAAGAUGUUCGUCAGCCUGAUUUUCAUCGCGCAUAUCAUGGGCUGCAUGUGGAAUUGGCUUCUCAUCCUCAGCCCCGACGAACAAACUUGGGCUGCUGCCUAUGGGGUGGCAGACACGACCUGGGGGCACCGAUACCUCGUCGGCGUAUAUUGGGCGUUCACAACCAUGACGACGGUGGGGUACGGCGACAUUACUAGCGCGAGCGAUCUCGAGCGGUGUUUUUCGAUCGUGGGAAUGAUUAUCGGCGCGACGGUGUUUGGGUACAUCAUCGGAAACGUGGCCGCCAUCAUGGAGAGUUUCAACGUCACCGACGCCAUCGAAAACGGCAAGAUGAAUCAGAUCAAGGAAUGGCUCUACGACAGAAAGUUUCCUCCAGCGCUGGCGGACAAAAUCCGCCGUCAGUACCGCUACAUCUUCACGGAGGUGGGAGUCUUCGACAACUCGGAGAUCGUGGACGUCAUGCCCGGCGUCAUUUCGACUUCCCUGCUCUACGCCCAGCACCGAGCGGUGGCAAAGGGGGUCGGGUUUCUAAGGCAGCGCCCGCCGGUUUUGGUCGGCCGGCUGCUACGGAAGAUGGUGCCGUGCUUCGCCAACUGCGGCGACGUGCUCUACCUCGAGCACGAGGUAGGAGGGCACUGGUAUUUCCUUCGUGCGGGCACCGUUUCUUUCUACGUGUCCGUGUCUCCGCUGGAGACGCAGUCCGAGGUUCUGCUGAUGCGAAGCUUAUCGGACGAUGGACACUUUGGCCUGACCCCCGUACUGCUUAACGUGCUCAACAGUGAGACGGCCACGGUCACGGCGGCCGCAGAGCUGCUGACCAUCCGGAAGGACGACCUUAUCGAUAUCCUGCAGCACUGGCCGGAGGUAAUGGCGGAACUGACGAUCGAAGCGGAACGCCUCUUCAAGGAAGUUAAGAAAUUUCGUGCGAGGAAGCAAUCAGCGGGAGUAAAACUCCAAGCCUUCUCAUCUCGCACGGAAAAUACCUUAAACGGUUCGUUGGCUGAGUCCGCCAGGAACAAUUCCUCGGACUCUCCAGACACGGACAUCACCCAUCCUUCCGCCCCUGCGGGCGCUGCGUCGGGCGCUGCUGCUGAGGGCCGCGACGGUAGUUCGGAGAUGAUUGAAACCCAGGCUGGCGGAGAUGAGAGGGAUUCAAACGACAGUGGGGGUGAUGAUGGUGAUGGUGGUGGCGGUAGUGGUGGUUGUGGUAUGCUUUUUCGAGGGGAUGAGAGCAAACAGGCGGAAGCGGUGGGCGAUGUUAGUGCUGUUGACAGCAGUAGUGGCGAGUCGGAGCGAGAGGGACGACGAGAAGCUGAAGGAAGUGGGGGAGAAGGCUCGGAGGGUGGAGGCGGCGAAGAAGACGAAGAGCGUCGGGUGGAAAGACAAGCUGAGGCAGCCGCGAUGGCGGCCAAGGGGAUAGGACUCGUGGACCCGGAACACAUGCGAAGGUGCUUCGUCGCCAAGACUUUCUCUCCGAGCGACCUCGGACUUGGGGUCUCCGCGGACGGAGCCUCUACCCCCGAGGCGGUGACGAAGGCCUCUCUCAUGAAGGCCCAGCGUAGGCGACGGACCAUCAACAAAGGGAUAACCGAAAUCGAUGGCCGAAAGCAGUCUGUGGACGAGGUCUUGGGUUUGAGCGAUGCCCUGCUUGGGAGCGUUCCCCCCGAGCGCCUCUUCUCGAUAACCGGGAUGUUCCACCCCGAGGCCCCUAUCAAGGUUUCGUGGGACAUCUGGUUGUCCAUGGUGAUAAUUUGGUCGGUGCUUGAGGUAACGUACCGCCUCGGCUUCGAUCGCCCGCCCGAGGGCGGGUGGCAGGUGCUCUCUUACUUCGUGGACGCGCUGUUCUUCGCGGAUAUGCUGGUCACCCUACGCACGGCUCUUCUCGACAGGGACGGAGAGGUGGUGGCGAACCAGAAGCAGGUCGCGGUGGCGUACCUGAAGGGGUGGUUCACGGUGGAUCUGAUAUCUACGGUCCCUUGGGACCUGCUAGUGCUGCAGAUUGCAGUGGGCAACGCAAACGCGGCCACAUCAACCAGGCUGGUUCGCAUGCUGCGCCUGGUUCGCUUGAUGAGGCUGAUCCGCCUGCUCAAGAUCCCUGACUUCAUGGAGGAGUGGGAGGAAAACUCCCCCCUCGGUCCCUCUAGCGUCAAGCUUGGGCGACUGCUGGUAAUCAUGGCCUUCUCGGCGCACGUGAACGCGUGCAUCUGGUACGCGGCGGGAUUGCACACGGCCGCUGAGCACAACUGGAUCGCCGACUACUACUGCUCGGAUGACGGGGUCUCCGCAGAUUGUCCCAGCAGCAAGCGGGCCUUCUCUCUGUACCUGACCAGCAUCUACUUUGCCUUCACCACCAUGACCACCACGGGAUACGGGGACAUCUUGCCCAACCGGCUGUCGGUGAUGGAGCUUGUCGUGGCGAUAGGUUCCGAGGUGCUUGGGGCGACAAUUUUCGCGUGGGUCAUCGGCAACCUGGUUAACCUGGUCCUUAACCUCGACCCGGCGGAGAGGAACCGCAAGAGCAUGAUGAACUACCUCACGGAGUACAUGCGGGAGGUGCCGCUCAGCACCAAGGCCAAGCAGGCUGUGGCAAGGAACUACGCCUUCCAUCUACAGGUGACCGGUUUUGUGCGGGUGGUGCUACCCCUGCUCAAACCCGCGACGUUUGCCGUGGGCGAGGUGAUAGUGACGCCGAAGAUCGGCACGAGAGAGAUGGGGUUCAUAAUCUGUGGAGAAGUAGAGGUGAAGAACCGUCUAAAGCUUGCUGCUGCGACCGCUGCGUGUGACUCCAUUUUGCGCACGGUGUUUAGCCGACGCCCCUCCUCGCAACGGCUUCUUCGUAUAAUGACGUCUAGCAAUGGCUUGAGCGAUUGGUUGAAGAGUAGAUCGAGACGUUGA